ACCGCGUCCACGACGUACACGAGCCACUACCCGACCACGGCGGGUGCCACCACGCCGAUGAAGAUCGACUGGGCGCCGCUCGCGGAGCUCACCGCGCCGCAGAACAUCGAGCGGAUGUCGUCCGGGGGUGACUUUCCGAGGCCGGAGACGAGUACGCUGGCGAGAAACUCGGGGCCCAACGGGGAGGUGGCGCACUCCGGACGCGUGCCCAACGCGAAGUGGGCGACGGUGUACGUCGACGAGGAGAAGCGGGAUGCGGUGCGUGACGCCAUGAGGGACGCCUACAACGCGUACGAGACGUACGCGAUGGGCUACGACGAGCUUCAGCCGCUGACCAAACGGGGCAAGAACGCUUUCGGCGGCCUCGGCGCCACCGUCAUCGACUCGCUGGACACCCUGUGGAUAAUGGGACUGAAGGACCAGUACUCGAGGGCGAGGAACUGGGUCGCGGACCGACUGCACUUCGACAGAAACUACGAGGCGAGCGUUUUCGAGACGACCAUCCGCGUCGUCGGCGGCCUCAUCGCGGCGCACGAUCUCAGCGGCGAUGAAAUGUACCUCGCAAAGUGUCUCGACCUCGUCAGGCACCUCAAACCCGCGUUCAGCACCGAGACUGGGAUCCCGUACAACAUCGUCAACCUGAAGAAGGGCUGGGCCAAGAACCCCACGUGGAGCCGCGGCGCGUCCACCCUCGCGGAGUUUGGCACUCUUCAGAUGGAAUACAUUGCGCUGUCGGAGCGCACGGGGGACGACGAGUGGCGGCAGCUCGCGGAGUCUAUCGUCGAGACGGUGCGCAAGAUCCGCACGCAGACGGGCACGCCGCUCGGUCUGUACCCGCUGUACCUCAACCCGCACAGGGGAACGUGGGAGAACACGCACGUCUCCUUCGGAGCCAUGGGCGACUCCUGGUACGAGUACUUACUCAAGGUGUGGGUGCAAGGGGGCAGGACCAAGGCGAUGAAGGGUUGGCACGACAUGUGGGAAGAGUCGAUGCGCGCGAUGAUCGACAAGCUGGUGUUCGACGGCGAAGAGGAAGGGACCAAGUACGUCGCCGAGUACAACGCUAAUCACGCGGUGCAUAAGAUGGACCACCUCACGUGUUUCGUGGGCGGCAUGCUGGUCCUGGGUUCGCACGGCAGCGACCACGAGGACGAGUACAUGAAGGUGGCGGCGGCGAUCACCAAGAUGUGCUGGCGGAUGUACAGCACGCAGCCCACGGGGAUCGCCCCGGAGUUUGUCAACUUUCAGGACAAGAAGAUGCACGUCGGCGGCAAGUUCAACAUCCAGCGGCCGGAGGCGAUCGAGGCGAUCUUCUACAUGUACAGGAAGACGGGGGAUCCCGUGUACAGGGAGUGGGCCUGGGAGAUGUUCACCAACAUGCGACGGCACUACAGAACCGAGACCGGGUGGGUGGGCUUGAAGGACGUGAGGUCCCCUAAUCCCGGGCACGACAACACCAUGCAGAGCUUCUUCCUGGCGGAGACGCUGAAGUAUUUUUACCUCAUCUUCAGCGACUCUGACACCAUCAACCUCGACGAGUGGGUGCUGAACACCGAGGCGCACCCCAUACGAGUCAUGCCCAGGGACAAGAGCGACGUCGGCACCAAUUGAUUCAUUCGUAGUAACGUAGCGUGCGCUGAUUUAUUGCGACAUCUGUCGAAACUUUGGAC